AUGCGACUGCUCGAGAUACAACAUGCCGGCACGAUCACGCUCACGGAGGACUUGAUGGGCGUCGGCGAUGUGCCCGCUUACGCUAUACUCUCGCACACCUGGCUGCCUGGUGAGGAGGUCACUUUCGACGAGUUCACUAGAGGUCUGGGACGUGACAAGACUGGCUUUGACAAGAUCAGGUUCUGCGCACAACAGGCUCAGCGGGACGGCCUGCGGUACUUUUGGGUGGAUACGUGCUGCAUCAACAAGGCGGAUCCUGUCGAGCUUCAGCAUGCGAUCAACUCCAUGUUUCGCUGGUACCAGGAGGCGACUCGAUGCUAUGUUCUUCUAACAGAUGUGUUCAGCGCUGAGCCAACGACCGACCGUGUACCCGGCAUGCCCGCUUGGGAAGGGGAGUUUCGGCAAAGCCGGUGGUUCACUCGCGGGUGGACGCUCCAAGAACUGCUUGCCCCACGCUCUGUAAGCUUCUAUUCUCAAGACCGGACGUAUCUAGGCAACCGAUACAACUUGAAACAACUCAUCCACGAGAUCACAAACAUUCCUUGCCCUGCCCUUGCAGGAGCCCCGUUGAACAGCUUUAGUGUGGAGGCGCGCCUGUCUUGGUCGGACGAUCGCCAGACUACGCGUGAAGAAGACAAAGCGUACUCAUUGCUGGGUAUCUUUGGUGUCUUUACGUUCCUCAACUAUGGUGAAGGUGAGACCAAUGCUUUCAAGAGGCUACGGAAAGCGAUCGCGGAGGACUUGCAGGAAUCAUCCCAGCCACAGGCGUCAGUGGGGACUGCCCACAAACCGUCCUACUACAUACCGUUCCCCAAGAAUCGACACUUCGUCGGAAGGAAAGAGGAACUUGAGAUACUCAGUCAGACGCUGCUGGAGGGUACAGGUUGCCAAAAGAUGUCAAUUGUGGGACUCGGUGGGGCUGGAAAGACACAGCUAGCCUUGCGGUUUGCAUACACAGUCAGAGAGACCAUGUCAGCCAUCUCGAUCUUCUGGAUGCCUGCACUCAGCAUGGAGAGCUUCGAGCAAGCCUGUGUGGCCGUUGCAGCUGCCUUGCACAUCAGUCAGGCGGAGACAGGCGAAGAUGACGCAAAAGAGCUGGUGAAAGAGUAUCUGAGUGCGGAUCAGGUGGGACCGUGGCUACUUGUGCUCGAUAACGCAGAUGACCACGACACCUUGUAUGGGACCGAGUAUGCUGCGGGCAUCAUCGACUACCUACCGGAGAGCGAGAAGGGCAUGACCGUGUUCACCACACGGGUGCAAGAGCUAGCCGUGUCGUUGACACAAAGCGACGUUCUAGAACUAGGGUCCAUGAGCAGACCAGAUGCCACGAACUUCUUGGAGAAGUCUUUGAUCAAGAAAACCCUCACUGAGGGCCGCGAAGAGGUAGAAGAACUAUUAGACGAGUUAGCGUGCCUUCCUUUAGCCAUCGCCCAGGCUGCCGCGUACCUGAACAUGAACAGAACAACUAUCACAAAGUAUCUGCGGCUGCUGAGACACACAGAGCAAGACACUAUUAGCCUGAUGAGCAAGGAAUUCCGCGAUCAAACACGCUACAAGGGCUCGGCGAACGCUGUGGCUUCAACGUGGGUAGUGUCGUUCAGUCAACUUCGAGAGCGCGAUGUGGUGGCAGCAGAUCUGCUAGCGUUCAUGUCGUGCAUCGAGUGGAAGGCAAUACCACAGUCGCUUCUACCAAAGGUGCAGUUGCAAGAGCGGAUGGAAGAAGCUAUCGGCACGCUCUGCGGGUACUCUUUUGUAUCGAGGCGGGGAGGCAACAACACUGGCGAGAUCGAUGGAGGAGAAGAAUGGUACGACCUGCAUCGACUUGUGCAUCUGGCUACCAGAGUCUGGGUAAACAAGCAUGGCAAUACUGCAGAUGUGGCGCGGCAGGCUAUGACGCAUAUUGCUGAGGUUUUCCCGAGCGACGACUUCGCCAAUCAGACUCUCUGGAGAGCAUACAUGCCACAUGCACUGCGCCUACUUAACAUAAAGACAUCUAUCGAUCAUGCGCUUGGUGUUUGCUACUGGGCGAAUGGACAGAUCGAGGACGCUGUGAGGCUGCUAGAACAUGUGGUCAAGGUGCGGGACGAUACACUUGCAGAGACUCAUCCUGAUCGGCUAGCAUCAGAGGGCUGGUUAUGCUAUAUGACUUCGAACCAAGAUUAA